GAACUGAGCAUCUAGCCUUUCCUCUUGCUUGUUCUUUUUUAUGCCGGCAUGUUUAGUUUCUAACAUAUACACGUAUGUUUUCUCUGGUAAGAGGAGCAGCAGGGAUAUUAAAUUUGCAGUAAAAUGUGUAGGCUCGUUAUACGCGUUGUUAGAGAGCGGCAAAGAUAGACGAAGGAGUAUUUGCGGCUAGCCAAGUUAAAAGUAAUGCGUGCUCACUGUCAUAUUAAUGGCAAAUAAAUAAAGAGGGUUGGAGAUUCCUGCUCCAUGAUUUUCGUGCUAAUUGUGAGCCCAUAUAGAUGGUAGUUUAUGGGGAUUAUGCCAUAGUGAAUAAGCGAGUGAAGAAAAUACAGCUGCUGUUAAAUAAUGCUAGAUCGCAUAUUGUCAGUAUGGUUUUGGUUUGGUUCAGAUCGCCCUGGAUUCUUUAUAGGAACAUCUUUACUAGCAAGUUUUAUGUUGCUGAUUUAUGCUGGGGGUGUCCAAGCAAACCUCAGCGUUGGCCCAGGGGGAGAAUUUCCGAGAUUCAGAGAUGUGUUCCUGUACGCCUUCAGUCAUGAUGAUUCACCCUCUCUGCUCAUCAGUGUUGCAUUUCUGCUGUUGGUCGGACCUUGUCAGGAGCGUCGGUGGGGAACAGUCGCCUUCCUCAGCCUCUCCAUCCUGACCACAGCCUUAUUACCUUUUAUUUACACCCUCGUCCUGUUUGUCGGUGGGGUUGGAGCGAGUCGCUUCUGUGGUUACUCUGCGAUCCAGCUGGCUCUGUUUACUGCACAGUGUCGACAAGUAACACAGAGGAGAUUACUGAGGUGUUUGCCAGUCUGGUUUCUUCCCUGGCUUCUUCUUUUGCUUGGCUUGAUGCUGCUGCCUGGGACACCUGCUCUGCUUCAUUUCUGUGCCAUAUGCAUCGGACACAAUUAUCGUCAGUCCUUCAUUGGGACGUUACAGGAACUGGAAGAGACCAGAAUCUUGGAUAUCAUUCCUGAUUGGACAUAUGUUGUCACCUCAGCCAGGCUUAGAUUGCCCACCUACACUACCUCACGGAGAUCUAGCUCAUUUUCUCCAGUGCCAAAAAUAAAUGAGGCAGAUCAUUCCUUGAGGGAUCCCUACCUUUUGAACCAGCACCCAUGGGUGGAGCCAAUGCCUGCCUGGAUAAUGGAGCAAUCUGCUACCUUGUCUGAGGCCGAGGUGUUGGAGGAACAAAUGUUAAGAGCAGGGAUACUGGCCUCCCUGCAGGAUGCCCCUGACAACCCGGAUGCUAAAGUGGAGGUGCCCAAAUCAUCCGUUUCCUCUCUGCGACUUCAGCAGCUGGAGAAGAUGGGUUUCCCUACAGAGAAAGCUGUUGUGGCGUUAGCAGCAUCAAAGCAGCUAGAUGGCGCCAUUUCCCUGCUUAUUGAUGACAGCAUUGGGGAAGAAGCUGUGAUGGUAUCCACAGGAAAGACUUCUCUUCCUCCAAAGAGUAACUAGGCCACCUCACCUGCAGUGGGCUGACUCAUGCUUGGGUUUUGCUGAGCUUUAGUAUUAGAUUUUCCCUGUGGGCUACUUUUAUGUCCUUUUUUAAUGUUCAGAAUUGGGGGGAAAAAAGGGAGAGUUGUUCUCUUUUCACAACUAUGACACUUACUUAGAUUCACGCUUUACUGUUUAGGAUACAAUUUAUGUUGUUACACAUAAAGUAUACAUCUGGAAUGUUGGAUGCCAUUUAUUUACAAUAGUAUUUAACGAGUAGUGUGACAAAAAUGACAAAUGACGUAAAAAAAAAAUGAACAUCAUUUUAUUACAUCAAUCAUCUAGACAAGAUUAUUUUAACACAAUAACACAAUUGCAAGAAAAAAGUUCAAAGUAUGAAAUGGUUACACGACAGAUUACAAAAUAAACUACAGUUGAUCAUUUUAAAUAGUUCACAAUAAGUUUGAUAUAAGAU